GAGGCGGGCGGGGCGGAGCGGGGCGGGGCGCGCGCGCCCUGAUGGCGGCGGGGCGGCCCCUCACGGCGGGGCCGGGCGGCCAUGGAGCACAUCAGCACCCCCAAGGUGGAAAACGUGAAGUUGCUGGAUCGCUAUGCCAGCAGGAAGGCAGCGAGUGGGACCCUGUACCUGACAGCCACACACCUGAUCUACGUGGACGCCUCUGCUGAAGUCAGGAAGGAAACAUGGAUCCUGCACCACCACAUCUCCAGCGUGGAGAAGCUGCCCCUGACCACGGCUGGGUACCCCCUGCUCAUCCACUGCAAGAACUUCCACGUGGCUCACUUUGUGAUUGGGCAGGAGAGGGACUGCCACGACGUGUUCACCUCCCUGCUCAAGCUCUCCCAGCCAGCGAAACCCGAAGAACUUUAUGCUUUCUCUUACAACCCUAAAAUGUCCAAAGAGAGCCGGGAGAUGGGCUGGAAACUGAUUGAUUUGAAACUGGAUUACCAGCGCAUGGGAAUCCCCAACGACUCCUGGGAAAUAACGGAUAUUAACAAAGACUAUGAGGUUUGCAGCACAUACCCUCCUGAGAUCGUGGUGCCCCGAGCUGCCACCAAGGCCGUGGUGAUGGGAAGUUCAAGGUUCAGGAGCCGAGGGCGGAUUCCGGUGCUUUCUUACUUGUACAAGGAAAACAAUGCUGCCCUGUGCCGCUGCAGCCAGCCCCUGGCCGGGUUCAGCGCGCGCUGCCUGGAGGACGAGCAGAUGCUCCAGGCCAUCCGAGAGGCCAACCCCGGCUGCCCCUUCAUGUAUGUUGUAGACACGAGGCCAAAGUUGAAUGCCAUGGCCAACAGAGCUGCUGGGAAGGGCUAUGAGAAUGAAGAUAAUUAUGAAAACAUUCGUUUUAAAUUCAUUGGCAUAGAAAACAUCCAUGUGAUGAGGAGCAGCCUGCAGAAACUGCUGGAAGUGUGUGAGAUGAAGUCCCCCUCCAUGAGCGAUUUCCUGACGGGGCUGGAGAACUCGGGCUGGUUACGGCACAUCAAGGCUGUGAUGGAUGCAGGUGUCUUCCUGGCCAAGGCUGUGAGGGAGGAGAGGGCCAGCGUGCUGGUGCACUGCUCCGACGGCUGGGACCGCACGGCCCAGGUCUGCUCCCUGGCCAGCCUCCUCCUGGACCCCUUCUACAGGACCUUCAAAGGCUUCAUGGUCCUGAUAGAAAAGGAGUGGAUUGCAAUGGGCCACAAGUUCUCACACAGGUGUGGCCACCUGGAUGGGGACCCCAAGGAAGUGUCCCCUGUGUUCACACAGUUUGUGGAGUGUGUGUGGCAGCUGAUGCAGCAGUUCCCCUGCUCCUUCGAGUUCAGCGAGCGCUUCCUGCUGGAGAUCCAUGACCACGUCUAUUCCUGCCAGUUUGGCAACUUCCUGGGCACCUGCCACAGGGACAGGGAGGAGCUCAGAAUCUUUGAGAAGACCCAUUCCCUGUGGCCUUUCCUCUUACAGAGGAAGCAGGAGUUGAGAAAUCCUUUGUACAGAGGAUUUACAGCUUACAAAGAGCUUCAACCAAACACUCUACCUUUCAGUUUCCAGUUCUGGUGUGGGAUGUACAACCGCUUUGACAAGGGCAUGCACCCCAAGCAGUGUGUGCUGGACCGGCUGCUGAGCUGCCUGAGCCACAGGCUGACCCUGGAGGACAGCGCAGCCCAGCUGGAAAACAAACUCCCUGUCCUUGACGGCCCCUUGCCCAGCAAAGGCUGCGCCUCACCCAAGGCAGGAGCUGCUGCUGCCAAAGCCCCGACUCCUCCUCAGGACUGUGCAGAGGGAGCAGCCCCUGUGCUGAGCAAUGGCCCCUCCCUGGGGCACCAGAAGCACAAGGAGAGCUCGGCCCAGCCCCGGGAUCUCGGAGCCUCCGGGGAGGAUGGGCAGGCCCAGCACCAGGGAUGAGCUCUGGGAGCUGCUGGGAGAAGCUCUGGGGAGCUGCUGCGGCCCCCAUUUGCAGCUGAGUGUGAGUAGGGGUGUGCAGGGCUGGGGGAGCAGCUGCGGGGGGACACCUCCUGCAGCUCAGGUGAUGCAGAGCUGCCAGGAGCCUGCCUGGCAUUCCUGAGAACUUGGCUUUCAGUGGCAACACGUGCAUUUCUGAGGGUUAGGGCUGCCUGCCAGCUCUGCUGUUUGAGGCUUGAAGAAAUCUUGCCAAUUCCAUGAGGAGCUGGGCAGUAACUGCAGGAGGAAGGAUGCAAAUCCCUCUCUUCUCAGUGGUGGUCCAAGGUCAUCUUAAAACAAGAAAAAAUGUCAUUCCGUCGUCAAAUGAUAAAAAAUCCCCAACCUUUCUUAGCUGUGAAUGAAUCUCUGCAUGGACCCUUGCCUUGUAGCAGAACUGAUUCAUGUUUUGUUUCCUAUGCAUAUUUGUUACACAAAACCAAACCCCCUGUGCCUUCUCUGAGACUGUGUCCGUGUCCAGCCAGGCCGCUGCAGGUUGUGCUGGAGUUUGCAGUGUGCUGUUGGUCCUGUCUGUAGUCAGUGUUCGUGAGAGGUUUUCUGCUGCUGCAGCUUCUCCUGGGUUUUUGCUGUUCCCCUGAGUUCAGCAGCUUUUUCCAAGCUGACCUCUUGAAGAACCAGCUUUUGUGGACUUCCUUUAUUGAUGGGAGUGCAGAGCCAGCCCAUAACACAUGGAUUUGUGAUAAGAAGGAGGAUUGGAAAUGAGGGAAGACAGCAGAACAUUUAUGUGGAAUUUUUUUCUCUUAUUUUAUGAUCUUGGUUAAAAAGAAGCAAGAGAGUAACUCUGCUCCAAGCUGGAAUCAUUGAUGAGACAGCAGUUACAGAUGGGGCUGUGUUCUGCUAUUGAAAUGGGGCCUGAAAUGAUAAAAUCACUUGCUGAGUGAUUCUAGGGAAUGUUCAGAUUCCAGGAACUUUAGGGAUGUUUUGUCUGUCUCAUGAGCAGUAUCUCUCAUGGCAGUGAACUUGGGAAGAAGCAAGGACUUCUCUCCCGGGGAUUGGGUGUCACAAAUGAGUGCUUGGAGGUCACCCAAAGAAUCCUUGGGAGAGGCAUCAGCAAAAGCAGGUUUGAUAUAAAAAAGUGUGACCAAAUUCAUUGGCAGAGUUCAGUCUGUUACUUAUUAAAUGGUUAAAGCACACAGAGAAAAACUAAAAUAGAAAAUCAAGCAAACUAAAACUAAAAUCAGCCAACAUGGAGGCUGGAGAUGAAAAAGAGUCAGGAUGAAAGGGAAUGAGGGAGAUUCUCCUGUUGAGUCACAGGGUUCAGAGUGGAGCAUCCUCCCAGACUGAGCCCUGGAAUUAUCCACAGUUCAGGCCUAAAGGUUUCCUGGAAUCAGAGAAUCAGUAGCAGCACCUGAACUCAACAGCAGAGAAUCAGCAGGUGAGGAAUUUUAUAUAGAAUUCCCUAUAAGCACAACAGGAGCUCUCUUAGAGGCUGAUCUCACAAAUCCAAAGUACUCCAUAAUCCAGGAGAGCAGCAUUCCCAGUGCUUUGGCUCUGGCACAGCCCCAAGGACCAGGUCCAGGUGUAUCCCUGGGAAAAAUUCCCCUCGAGUUCCCUGUUUAUUGAGAGUUGCUUUUAUCAGAGUCACUUUCCAGCCUGGCUGCAAUUUGGGUUAUAUCUUCCUUUGAAAGGUCAAUAACAAAAAUGUUCCACUUGGCUUGUUAUUCAGGCAAGAAAAAUCAUAUUCCAGGGCUGGUGGCUAAACCCAGGAGUUUGUACUCCAGCCCUGGGAGCAGCCAGUGUUCCUGAUAAGCUCAGGGUGCUGCUUAUCAAGGUCAAGGCCUGAGGACAUUUCUGAGAUCAUGGUGGGGCCUUGGGGGCUUGGAGGAUUCACCUCCCCAGGAAAGCUGUGCCACUGUCCUUGUUCUGUGCUGAAUUGCACAGAAUCCCCCGUGCAGCUUUGUUCAGGAUGCUGCUCUGCCUCUUCUCAUGCUGUUGUUUCAAUCAGGUGCUGCCAUUAAGUUUUCAAAUCAGAUUUUUUUCUUUUAUAAAAACUUUGGAAGCCAGCUGAAAAUAUUUGAGCCUUCCCAAUCUCCAGUGAAAGUAGAAACAUUUCAUUGUAACAGCAGAAAGUGCAGUAACUCUGCUCCUGUGCUUUUAACCCAUGGUGAAAUCACUGGGUAGAUCCAGUGUCCAAAACCCAACCCAAACCUCCCUGAGUGGCUGCUCUGGGUAAGAAAAUACCUAUUUUAUAAAGCACAUGAAAGAUCCAGGGAAAAAGAGAGCACAGAGUUUCUCCACUGCCUGGAAUGGCAAAGAGGAAGUUUUUUAGUAUUGAGGGUUUGUCAGACUUAAAUGAAGUUGUUGGCAAGGAAGGAGUGGGAGCUACAGGAGUGAUUGAUUGAUUGAUUGAUUGAUUAAAAAUGAAAAACUGGAAACACUGACCCUGGUGUGACUGAUGGAUCAGCCCUGUCUUUUCUUUCCAUGGGGUAAUGGGCAACAUCCAUCCCCAAAUCUGAGAGAAAAUGGGGCAUGAAGACGGGCACUGUUUAGGAUCAGAUGUUCUAUGGAUCAUCACUUCUUUGAAUAUCUUUAAUAAAUUCUCUAAUUUUCAUUAGAGAUCCAAAACUGGAGAGGGUUUUGAUUGACUGCUGAAGGACUUAAAGGUGCCAUUGGUUAAUUGUACAAAUCCAGCUUGCAGAAGGCUCCUGGAAAUGUUUGUAUGUUGCUUUGCAUUCGGAAUUGCCAUUGGAGGAGUUUAAUAAUCUUGCCUUAUUCCUAAAAAGGUCAUCUCCACAAAACUCCAGUGUUACUACAAGUGUGUAAAACCACCACCAGGUUACUCAGUGUGGUAAGCUUGGAGUAAUCUUGCUGCUUUUAACUCCAGUGGCAAAACAGAGCCAAACCCAAAAAUUAAUAGCUUUAAACCUCUUGAAUUUCGUGUGUGCAGGCUCAAGCAGAGGGUGCAAUGUAUUAAAAGCCUUUCAUGCUGAUGCUGGAAUUUAGGGGCUGGAAAAGAUUCCAGGGUUUCCUCUUUCUCCACGAGCCCAUGGUUUGAAAACUAAUGAAGGAGAAGCUUUUUGGUUUUGGGGCAACUCUGGGAUGUUUGAAGAGCAGAAGUGAGGAGCUGCUCAGAGCCCUGCAGCGUCCUGAGCUCAGCUGGGAUCUGCUGCCUGGAAAAGCAGUGUUCCCUGCCCCUGGAACAUCCUGGAGCAUUCUCUGCUCCCCGGAAAAGCAGUGCUCCCUGCCCCUGGAGCAUCCUGGAGCAUUCUCUGCUGCCUGGAAAAGCAGUGUUCCCUGCCCCUGGAGCAUCCUGGAGCAUUCUCUGCUGCCCGGAAAAGCAGUGCUCCUGCCCCUGGAGCAUCCUGGAGCAUUCUCUGCUGCCCGGAAAAGCAGUGUUCCCUGCCCCUGGAGCAUCCUGGAGCAUUCUCUGCUGCCCGGAAAAGCAGUGCUCCUGCCCCUGGAGCAUCCUGGAGCAUUCUCUGCUGCCCGGAAAAGCAGUGUUCCCUGCCCCUGGAGCAUCCUGGAGCAUUCUCUGCUGCCCGGAAAAGCAGUGCUCCUGCCCCUGGAGCAUCCUGGAGCAUUCUCUGCUGCCCGGAAAAGCAGUGCUCCUGCCCCUGGAGCAUCCUGGAGCAUUCUCUGCUGCCCGGAAAAGCAGUGUUCCCUGCCCCUGGAACAUCUUGGAGCAUUCUCUGCUGCCCAGGAAAGCAGUGUUCCCUGCCCCUGGAGCAUUCUCUGCUGCCCAGAAAAGCAGUGUUCCCUGCCCCUGGAGCAUCCUGGAGCAUUCUCUGCUGCC